AUAAAAUAUAUCAUUAGGCCUACCUUGGUCUGCUUUCAUCGUCGAACGCGAUCCACAUUCCGACUUCCAAGAUUCAAAGCACCGCCUGACCUCACAGCCAAGGUUACCUUAUUGUGACGUUGCUAUUGUAGCACAGGCUCACUAAUCAGCUUCUAGAAUUCCUUUUACCAGUGACGCCGUGACAUUUCAUAAGCCGGCGAGCGCACCGUCUAUUUCGAGUACAAGUUAUAGCAGCCGGCCGCUCCUCGCCGCGAUAUCCCCGGCGACACAAGUCACAGCAGGCGCGAUGUUCAACAAUCCGCAGGCGAUAUCGCCGGGGGGCGCAUGGGCGAUGAACAUCGUGAGCUCCGUGGGGCUCAUCAUGAUCAACAAGGUCGUCAUGUCGUCCUACCGCUUCGUCUUCGCCACCACACUAACCGGCCUGCACUUGACGUUUACUGGCCUGUUCGGCGCAGUGUGCGUGUGGCUGGGGUACCUUUCCGGGCAGGCCAACAUCCCGCUGUGGGACAUCCUGUGGUUCGGCAUGCUGGCCAAUCUCUCCAUCGUGGGCAUGAACCUCUCUCUCAUGUCCAACUCCGUGGGCUUCUACCAGAUAUCGAAGCUGGCUAUCAUCCCUGUGACUUGCCUGUGCGAGACUCUCCUGCACGCCAAGAGCUACUCCAAGGAGGUCAAGCUGUCGGUGGUGGCAGUGAUGCUGGGCGUGGGCGUGUGCACCGUUACAGACAUCUCCGUUAACACUUUUGGCCUUAUUACUGCCACUGUCGCGGUAGUUUCAACGUCGCUACAGCAAAUCUUCGUGGGCGAGCUUCAGAGGAAGCACAACGUGGGGUCGUUUGACCUGCUGCGCCAGACAGCGCCCAUCCAAGCCGUGACUCUGCUGGUGGUGGGGCCCUUCCUCGACUACGCGCUCACCACGCACAACCUGCUCGAGUUUCCUCUCACUAGUAAUGCUGCGAUCUUUGUCCUCCUCUCCUGUGCCUUUGCCAUCGGCUGUAACCUCUCCGUCUACCUCUGCAUCGGAAAGUUCUCGGCAACUUCCUUCCAGGUGCUGGGGCACAUGAAGACGGUGGUCGUGCUGAUCCUCGGGUGGACCGUCUUCAAAGACCCGUUCACGCUUAAGAACUUCAGCGGCAUGCUCAUGGCUAUAGUGGGCAUGCUGCUGUACAGCUGGGCGGUGGAGAAGGAGAAGAAGGGGGAGAAGGGGGGGAAGGGGGAGGCGGGGAAGGAAGGGGCGCCGCUGCUGCCGACAACGAAGCAAGAGGUGGUUGUGGGAGGGGGGAGGAGGGGAAGGGGGAUGUGGAGUAUGGGGUGGCGAUGGGGGAGAAUGGGAGGAGGCCAAGCUCGCCAAACAAGUAGUUGUGGUGAGCUUACAGAUGUUGUAACGGGUGUAUUUAUACAAGUUCUAACUACUAUGAUGGAAGAGACAUUGGUGGUACAGCUUACAAGCCUGCAAGAGGUGAAAAUGCUAUAUUAUGGCUGUAGGUUGUACCCUAAGGGCGUACUGUAUUCCCCCAUAUAAAGCACCCUAGGGUGGUAACCAAAAUGCCUCUCAAUUUUGAGGGGGGUGUAAUUAGUGGCUAAUUUUGUAUAACGCCUGGGUGUUGUGGAACAUGCGUAUGUGAUAUUGUUUUUCCUGA